GCCCGACCUGCGAGCGGCUCGGAGCGACGCUCGGCCGAGCAAGUCCCCCGACGGGGCUCAGAGGGCGAGCCGGCGGAGCGAUGCGCCCGGCUGGGGCGCUCCUUGGGGGGCUGCUGAUGCUCUGGGGGGCCCUGCUGUGGAGGCAGGUGCGCGGCCUCCGCCACAGCGUCUACUGGAACGCCAGCAACCACAGAUUCGCUGACGAAGACUAUGCCGUUCAGGUCGCCAUCAACGAUUAUCUGGAUAUUUACUGCCCGCACUACGAGCAACCAUUGGCUGCCAGCGACCCCGAGACCUUCACACUUCUCAUGGUCGAUAUCGAGGGAUACCGGGGCUGCUACGAGACGCCCGGAGCAUUCAAGCGUUGGGAGUGCAACCGCCCCUAUGCCCCCUAUGGACCUGUCCGCUUCUCGGAGAAGAUCCAGCGGUUUACCCCCUUCUCGUUGGGUUUUGAGUUCCAGCCGGGACGUGACUACUACUAUAUUUCGAUCCCCACCACAGAAAGUCCGGGGCGUUGCUUGAAACUACGAGUGUCUGUCUGCUGCAAGGCAACCACUGUAGAACCUGUGACGGAAGGUCCCAAGUCUCAACCACGGGGAAGAGGCAGCUCGGAGGAUGCUGUUGUAGCUCCUGGACGCAGCUCGGCCCCCUCCUGGCCCAGCUGCCUCUGCCUCGGGCUCGCUCUUGUUCCCUUCCUAGGUCUCUGACCCCAGGAGAGGCCGGCUGGGCUCCUUCGCUACGAGUCCAGGCCGGGCUGGGGGGCGCGAUGGCUGUGCGCUCCCUUCACCCCGUCCCUCCCCCAGUCGCGAGGAUGCUGAAUUUCUCACGUGGCACUUUAGAACUCGGAAGAGGCCUUCACCGAGAUGUUACGGAACCACAUCACAGAGCCGAGCUGGGAUCCUGACCGCCAAGGGCACAGAGCUAGCCCAGGAUUGGGGAUCGCCCGCCUCCAUCACCGUUUGGGACUUCCGAGUGCAGAAGAAAGACUUUGGCCAGCAGGAUCCUCUCUCUGUCCAAAUUUCGACGGACACCGGAGCCGAGAUUCUUUCUCCUCUACCCGGUGCCUGCGAUGGUGUCAGGAUGUGGACCAAGUUCCCAAAAAAACACAAAUGUGGUUGUGGGGGAGGACAUCUUCUCUGUGUGCUGCAGCAGGCGAUCGGAGGACUGUCCCCGGACUGUUUUGCCAAAGACGAGGAUGAUACCUCCUCCCCCUUUUAUUGCCCUGACGUUUAGACUCAGUUGCUGUAAAAGGGGCAUUCUUUUUUGUUACCCUUGCAAUAUAUCCCCCUGGGGCUUGGACUCCCUCCUCCCAAAAAACUGUGGACAGCGCCAGCCCCAUCACCUCUCUCUGUUCUCGGCGAGAACGACCUCUCCCCCCCACCUCCCACCCCGUCCCCGUUGAUAACGAUGACGCCAGUGCUUUGUCUUCCAUGAAGAUGCCGUUUGGCGUCGCAGACUCAUCCUGGUUCCGACUUCUUUGUUGUGUUUUUUUUUUCUUAAUUGUCAUUGACUGAGCCAAACGAUAAAACCAUUUCAGAAAUUCCA